GUGUUAUCCAUUGCGGAUGGUGGAAAGCCAAUAAACCAUCAUUUUAAGCUCUGCUAUUUCUGCCAUAAAAUGUCAUAGCGCUUCCAUUCUUCGCAAAUUGGCAUGACGGUUGUUAAAAAAUCUGCCAUUACAAUCCAUGAUGGGUGAUAUAAAUUACUUUUAGUUUAGGCAAUCCUCGAAAGUUUGUUCAAUAUCUUCAUUGGUAAGUGUACUGUAGUCAUGGCUCAAGAAAAUGGCAUGAGAAAGAAGCCAAACAUUUUGGUGACUGGUACACCAGGCACAGGAAAGACAACCAUGUCAACAGCUCUGGCUGAAGCCACUCAGCUCAACCACAUCAAAAUUGGAGAUUUGGUUAGAGAGAAGAACUUGCAUGAUGGUUGGGAUGAUGAGCUUCAUUGUUACAUUCUUAAUGAAGAUUUGGUGUGUGACGAACUUGAGGAUGUUAUGGAAGAGGGAGGGAACAUUGUGGAUCAUCAUGGCUGUGAUUUCUUUCCUGAGCGAUGGUUUGAUUGUGUGGUUGUACUCCAAACCGAUACCUCCAUUUUACAUGACCGUUUGAGCAAGAGAGGAUACCUAGAUUCAAAGCUUUCCAACAAUGUUGAAUGUGAAAUCUUUCAAGUUUUGCUUGAGGAGGCUAAAGAAAGUUAUGCCGAAGAUAAAGUUGUUUCAUUGAAAAGCGAUACCAUCGAAGACAUUGAUAGAAAUAUUGCAACUCUGACAGACUGGGUUAGAAAUUGGACCGUCCCAGUUUAGGGGAUCACAUGCCUGAAUCUACUGUAUUUUUGACAUUUAUGUUAUGGGUUUUUAAUUAGACAAAUGAAAGUGUAUUCAAAAUUUACCUGGUUUUUCAUUAAUGAA